GGGCAGUGGUCGACGUCCAGAUCACUCCUCCGAUUCGUCCACGGCCAUCUUGGCAGCCUCUGCGCGAGCUUUGCGCCGCCCGCCUAGAGCCAGCGUCACAUAAUCCACGUCUCCCGUCACAUAGCCGGUUUCCGACUUGGCCUGUGCAGCGCUUUUGAGAGCUGCCUUUUGCUUGUCUGCUUUCUUCUUUGAGAUCUGGGCCUGUGCAUGACUGCCCCCCGUCAGCGAGGCGGCGGAACCGGGUGCAGUGGCGGGCUUUUUGAGAGUUUUGCUCUGGCGUAGUGAUGGAUGAGGAAUGAGCAGAGGAAGUGACGUGCGGAUUUCAUACAAGGCGUUUAUGCAGCUUUGCGCUCUUGCCCAUCUUGCACCCGCCCGGUCGAUGAUGAUCGCAAUACCGUAGAGCGGAAGAUACGACGGAGGUGAUUGCAAUGGCAGAAGUAUCACGUGAGAGCUAGAGAUUUGUGGCGGUGCGAACGUCCCCGUAAGGAAGCAUAUACCUGCUUCCCGCACGAGUCUGAGCUUCUGUCUCGCACGGCAAACGUCUCGUACUACUCUCUUCCAUUUCCGCAUGCGAGAAAGUGUAGCAGGAUCUACGCAAGACGUCGAUCCGAAGUCCGCUGCAGAAUGUGUGCGCAACAAGUGUUGCGCUGGCACCUGCCCAUCUCGGGGUGAUAAGUAUGUUCGGCACCGCCACGUUUCCGGUCAUAACAUCCGUUUCUCCAUCCACCUCUGACAUCGCUCUCUUUGUUGUUUACUCCUCGUCUCUUUCUCUCUCGGCAGGCCCUGCGUAUACAAGUACUACCGCAUCUAGGUCCUGGGCCCCUGUGUUCAGGUCGCAAACAAACCCCUGCCAAUCACUCGCGGAUAAUUCCAAGAUAAAUUCGACUAGGGGUUGUCGCACCCAUUGUGCAGCGUCCACCAUUCACCGUCUAUGACAAGCCUGUUGACGUCCGGCUCCGUGCCUUCGGCCGGGCGCAACAUCACUCUGGAAGACUAUGAUAGUCUCCCGAAUCCUGCGUACCGAGACAAGAUAGAGGAGGUGUAUUUCGGGCCAUGGACUCGGAGCA